ACGUUUGAAUGCAAAUAUAGGUCUGGAGGCAAGACUAGCUGCAAAUGACUGUUCUAUACUAUCCCUAAUUUAUUCUAAUACUGGUGCUUUGCAUUGCUAUUUUUAGGAGGCUCAAUAAAAUGGUAGGAAACGGGAGCUGUAACGAUAUGUUUCAAAAAGUCCUUAUUCUUGUGAUAUAUAAUAAUAUAAGACUAAUCUGCUGGUUUGGGACAAGUUACCUUUACCACCCCAAAGUUGAUUCAUUUCAUUUAUUUUGAAAUUAGUUUUGGGUUGUGACUUGAUAAACAACACAUAUGGGUCUGGAGGCAAGACUAGCUGAAAAUGACUGUCCUAUACUAUUCCUGAUUUAUUCUAAUACAGAUGCUUUGUAUUGCUUUUUUAGGAGGCUCGGUAAAAUGGUAGGAAACUGGAACAGGAGCUGUAACAGUACGUUUCAAAAAGAACUGUUACCUCCCAUCUACGGUGUGGAGAUGUGUGUGGCGCUGGUGGGGAACAUACUGGCGCUGUGGCUGCUUGUGACUAAGGAGAAGAACUGGCACAUGGGAGUGGUGUUCUCCUGCAACCUGGUCAUCAGUGACAUCUUUUACGCCCUCACUCUGCCCCUUCUUAUCGACUAUUAUUCAAGAGGUCGACAGUGGAUGUUUGGUGAUGCUGUCUGCAAAAUAGAGCGCUUUGUCUUCACCUGUAACCUCUACGUCAGCAUUUACUUCAUCAUGUGCAUCAGUGUUAAUAGAUACCUGGCCAUCGUUCAACCAAUCUUCAUGCGCAAACACAUUCGCCCAAAACACGCCAAGAUCAUCAGUGUGUUCGUCUGGAUCUUUGUGGCAAGCAUUUCAUCUCCACUUCUCUACUUUUCAGGUGUCUAUAGUGACAAAUGUUUCUUAUUUGCAAAUAUAAAUAAUAAAUCAAACCUAAAGUCUACCUACAGGGUGUUUAUGGUUGUUAUAGGCUGCUUUGUCCCAUCUGUAGUUACUUUUGCAUCCUAUUUUGGUGUAAUAAUGGCUGUUUAUAAAAAUGCAAAUAUCACCUCACUCCAGAAGAAAAAAGUGGCUCUGAUUAUUGGAUUAGUCUGUGUCUUGUACACUCUGUCUUUUGUCCCCUAUCACAUUUUACAGAUAGUGAAUUUUAAACUGAGAGAAGAAGGCAAGACUAAUUGUUAUGUGUGUAAUGGAUACCAAGUGUCAAUGGCAUUAGUUUGUCUGAACAUGUGCCUCAAUCCCAUCCUGUAUAUGGCUGUGUCUGACAGUAUCAGAGCAGUGUGCUGUUGAAGGAGCUCAAAUGUAUCAAACUUAUAAAUCACAGUUGGAGAACACUCGUCAAAGAACCGUGAAUUGAAAUCCAGAAACUGAGAUUGCAAACUAUUUUCUUUUCCUUCAAACAUUUGUGUUGAUUUGGAUGUCUGUUUGGGGUCAUUAUCAUAUUGAAAAAUUAAUCUAUGGCCAAAUUUUACCCUUCUGGAAGACGCAACCAUGUUUUGGGCUGAUAAUGUUUCUGUAGUUAAUAAAACUGAUAAUACACUCAACACUCACAUGUUGUUAAACAGCCCCAAAAGAUUAAUGAUGCGACUCCUUAUUUUAUUUUACAGUGGGUUUGGGGGAUUGUGCUUGUAUGCAGUUGCUAUUGUCACCAAACCUUUAUUUUGGUCUAAUCUAAACUGA